UCUAUCUAAGAAAAGAUGGCAGAUCCUUGGCAAGAAUGUAUGGAUUAUGCAGUUGCUUUAGCAAGAAAAGCUGGGGAGAUAAUCCGUGGAGCGCUCAAAGAAGAAAUAUCUGUUAUGACUAAAAGUUCACCAGUAGAUCUAGUGACAGAAACCGAUCAAAAAGUAGAGAACUUCAUUAUUUCUUCUAUAAAAGAAAAGUAUCCUUCUCACAGCUUCAUUGGAGAAGAAUCUGUGGCAGCUGGAGAGGGCAGCAUUUUGACAGAUAACCCCACAUGGAUUAUAGACCCUAUUGACGGAACUACCAACUUUGUACACAGGUUUCCAUUUGUGGCAGUUUCAGUUGGCUUUGUUGUAAACAAAAAGAUGGAGUUCGGCAUUGUGUACAGUUGUGUAGAAGACAAGAUGUAUACUGCCAGAAAAGGAAGAGGUGCAUUUUGCAACGGUCAGAAACUUCAAGUAUCAGGCCAAGAAGAUAUUACAAAAUCCCUUCUAGUGACAGAACUGGGAUCAAAUCGUGAUCCAGACACUAUAAAAAUAAUUCUUUCCAACAUGGAAAGACUUCUCAGUAUUCCUAUCCAUGGGAUUAGAGCCGUUGGUACAGCAGCUGUGAACAUGUGCCUUGUGGCAACAGGCGGAGCUGAUGCCUAUUAUGAAAUGGGGAUUCACUGUUGGGAUAUGGCAGGGGCUGGAAUCAUUGUUACUGAAGCAGGUGGAGUACUGCUAGAUGUAUCAGGUGGACCAUUUGAUUUGAUGUCUCGAAGAAUAAUUGCAGCAAGUAGUCAAGCUAUAGGAGACAGAAUAGCCAAAGCACUACAAAUAAUUCCACUAAAAAGGGAUGAUGCAACUAACUGAAUACCAAAAGUACACCUUAAAUAAGAUAACAUAAUGUUGUGUCGUACUCCCGUGUAGUGGUUGUUAUACACCUUGAACCUGGUAAAAAGAUAGUUAAAUAAAUGGUAGUCUUUCUGUACUGGUGUGACUGCUAAGUAGUGUUUUGAGAUUGGACCAAUGUUCUAAGCAAUCUUUUAAAAUUAAGAGUUUUAUUUAACAUCACGCUUACGUUAAAAUCUAUAGGAAGAAGCAGAUAUGUUCAACUAAUAUUUUCAAGUUGUAUACUGCACUGGAAGUCAUAGCAAGACGUUCUGAUGUAUAGAUAAAUAAAAAUCUAGUUCAGUAAGUGGAAAAGCAGAAUUCACUGUCUUAACACCAUAUCAUCACAUCUGAUCCUGAACCCAAAAGGGUGGAAGAAUUGUUGUUUAUCCAGUCUUUCUGUAUCUCCUCUUUUUGUUUUCUUCAGUGUUAUCAAUGCAUCCAUUCCUUUACCUUGUUACUGUUACACCUUUCCAAACCUUUUUUUGUUGCUCUUCAUUUUGGCUCUGAUUUAAAGGCUUUAUUACUUAGCUGUUAUUGUUUUCGUAGUCAUUGUUUUACCUUACAGUAGAUAAACACAAUCUCUUUAGUCUUUUAUGUGGCCAAUAUGCUUGCAAAUUCAUUACAUUUGCAAAAAUAAUAGUUAUUGUGCUGGACAAGCUGUGCAUCUCCCAGAAAUAACUUAUAAGCAUACCUUCUGUCACCAAAUGGAUUUACUCUAAAUUAAGAUGAAAUAUGAUUUGCAUUUUACCAUUGGAAUCGGCUGAUACUUGGUCCUCUGUCUUAUUAUUGGCAGUUAUAAUUCCUGUUAAUUUUACUCGUCUUUCUCCGUGGCUGACUGUUUCAAAGUCUGAGGAAUCGUUAAAAUCCAGGAAAGUUUUCAGUAACUCAAAUGGCAAAAAAAAAAGGCCACCACCCAGACUUUUUACAUUGUUUUCUGUAAGUUAUCAAAGCAGUGACCAACCAGAAUCAGGUUUCUAUUGUGUUCUAGAGUGUACAGACACAAAAGAAGAUAAUAUCUAAACCUAAAGGGUUUGCAAAUCUUAAGAAAUAUUAGUAAUUGCGUUCUUGGUGUGAGUUGUUCUAAACUUCGAAAACUAUACUGGUUCUUUGAAGUUUUUGUGUUUAAGAUUAUGAAAGGUAUGAUUGCACUGUUCAAAUAAUUAAUGCACUUUAAAAAGAAGAUUUAACUUGGAUCAGUUUUGAGACUGAUUUUUUUGUGUCUGAAGUUUCCUGAAAAAAAGUUGUCUCGCUGGUUGUCCAGUUGAGAGACUGCAAUGCUUUGGAAAGCCUGAAUUUUUGUACUCCCACUGGUUUUAUUUUGAAAAAUGGUGUUCUCUCUCUUUGAAGUUGCAACAGAUCUUUUGUGAUAAAUUUCAGUCUUUUAUUUCAGUUGAUUUUUGCAGAUUUUACAGAAAUAUUUAAUUUGAAGUUGUAUCAAAUGCGAGAUGAUUAAUGUUAAUGAAAUCAGCCUGCCAUUUAAAUGUCAAAAAGCCAGGCUUAAUGUUAAUUUUACUUUUUAUAUUCCCAUUGACAAGGAUAGAAAAUUUUGAGCAUUUCACUGUAACUUUAUUGCUGUAAAUGAUGUGGGAUGGGAUCAUCAUUACUUUAUAAGUUUGUCUACUAUACCAUUUCCAUGGCUUUUGUAUAACAAAUCCUACGUAACUUAAAAACUGAUUUAUUUGUGAAAUGGAGACAUGUCUAAAGAAUACUUAAUAUGGGAGAACACAUUUGAAAUAAAUAAGCUUUAGCAGCAGAGGCUUUAGAUGUGCUUCCGUUCUUAACAUUCAAGUACAGUGCUGGGUACCAACAAGCUGCAUUUGUGGACUUGACUGCCCCCAAGUUGAACACUUUAUUUUCUUAGUCUCUGAUGUACACAAAUCAUAAACUGUUGUGCCUUUAAAGAAGUGAGUUUAUAUAUACAACUGUAGUAGGUUUUUAGAGUGAAUAUUCCAACACCUUGCAGUGAGAUCAUGGUGUGUUAAUCUUCUCCAACCUCAGAGCUCAAGCUUUACAGAUUAUGUUGCCCGUGAUUUGUUUUGGAGGCCCUCAGGUGAUUGAAGGAUGUAGCUUUCUCACUGUUAACUUUUCUAAUAAUGCUCUUCAAGUCAAAAUUUAUGUGGAUUUUCCAUCUUGGCCCUCUCACUCUGUGUUGAAGACCAGCCUAAUUUUUUUGUGUGC